AGUCUGUUUGUUGACAUCGGACGAAAACGAAAAUCAGAUGAGUGAAGACUAAUGAUAAUAACUCAAUUUCUCGCCGUCAUCAAGACAUAUAGCCUUGGCGAAAGCUAAGCCUCCGAAGGUCAUUGAUCUGAGCAGGAGAAGAAGAGGCUAACAUGGCAGCCAAAGCAGGAGACAACCCUGACAGCCUCAUGACUCUGGCAACCAUCUUCUGCCUGAGGAACCUUAGGAAGACCAUGUGCUACCAGGGAUUCAGGAGCAAGCUUAGUCUGCACUCGGACAUCUUCCUUCCCAGCGAAAUCUGCGACAAGCUGGUCAACACAUAUAUGGAGUUGGUCCACACAGACAGUACCUUUGAACCAGAGGAGAGCUUCUUCCAACUAUUUUCAGACCCUCGAAGCACCAGACUGACCAGGGUACAGCUGAGAGAAGACUUUGUACGUGACAGAGAUCUGGAGGCCAUUAAAAAACAGGACCUGAUUGAGCUCCACCUCACCUACUGCAAUAGUCUAUCGUCCCGCAGCUUGAAAACACUGACCUGCUUCCGUGAGACCAUGGUGUCUCUUUGUCUCUUCGGCUGCAGCCACAUCUUCUACAGGAAGGGCGGCGCCCCGCUCGCCUGCAAUGAAGACACUGAGGACGAGGACGAGGAGAGCCCUGCUUCUAGGCAAGCACUAGAGACGGACUUUAACUUCGAGGGCUUCAACCGCCUCAGGUUGCUCAACUUAGGUGGCCUGCCUGAUGAGGUGGAUGCUGAGAACCUGCUCAAACCCCUGAAGUCUCUCACCUCACUAGAUCUGUCUAAUGUACAAUUGCUGGGGACAGCUUUUCUCAGCCAGUGGAAAGAUAGACUGGCCUCUCUUGUUCUCUACAAUGUGGACCUGUCAGAGGAGUUGGUCAGUACAGUGGUGGAGAUCACUAAUCUCAGGCAUCUUGACGUCUCGCGGGAGAGCAGGCGGACCUCUAAGUUUAAGAUGACCAGGAAAAUCCUGACCGCCAUUGUACAGCGUCUGGUCAACCUGGUGUCACUGGACGUCUCAGGUCAUAUUAUGCUAGACAACUGCACAGUUCCGCACUUUGAAGAAGCUAUGGGUCGGCCAAGCAUCGAGCCUUGCAAGAGCAGCAUUUAUCCUUUCCAGGACCUCAAGAGGCCGCUGCAGUUUCUGGGCUUGUACGACACCACCCUCUGUAAUGUGACACACAUCCCUGCUUAUAAGGUGACUGGAUCAAAGAAUGAAGACCAGGUCCUAAAUGCCAUUGAGGGUUACACAGAGUUUCGCCCUGAGCUGGCACACAGAGCCAUCAAUCAGCUGUUUGACAUCGCCAGGAUACAGCACUGCAGCCAACUGCUCCGAGCUUUGCAACUUGUCAUAGCAGCAUUAAAGUGCCAUAAAUACGAUAAGAGCAUCCAGGUGACGGGCAGCGCUGCUCUGUUCUACCUCACCAACACAGAGUACCGCAGUGACCAGAGUGUGCGGUUGCGCAGAGAGGUCAUUCAGGUGGUCUUAAAUGGAAUGGAGCAGUACCAGGAGGUCACCGUCCAGAGGAACUGCUGCUUGACUCUGUGUAACUUCAGUAUUCCAGAGGAGCUGGAGUUCCAGUACAGUCGGGUCAACCAGCUGCUACUGAAAAUCCUGGAGCCAGCCAGGCAGGAUGAGUCCAUCCAGAGAAUUGCUGUGCACCUCUGCAAUGCUUUGGUCUGUCAGGUGGACAACCAUCACAAGGAGGCUGUGGGAAAAAUGGGAUUUGUCAAGGUAACAUCAAGAUGAGCUUCACACUUGUAACUUUCCCAUAUUCCUUACUUUUGAAAAAACAUGACAUGUUCUACUUAAUUUAAUUCGACUUUUUAAUUCCCAGUGGGGAAAUUCAUUCUCUGUAUUUGAGCCAUUCUACUGUAACUAUUUAGGAGCAGUGGGCAGCCACAGUCAAAUAUUUCUUCUUUGGGUCCUUUAUACCAGAGGUCCUCAACCUUUUUUGCACCACGGACCGGUUUCAUGUAAGACAAUAUUUUCACGGACCGGCAUUCAAGGUGUGGC